GGCGCCGGCGCCCGGUCGGCCCUGGAGGCGGCACCAGGAAGCACCCGCCCCGGCUGGAGCCGCCAUGUAACCGGCGCCGCCCGGAGCCCAGCUGCGCGGGCCCCAGACACCCGCCUGCCAUGGGGGACGAGGAUGACGACGAGGGCUGCGCGGUGGAGCUGCGGAUCACCGAAGCCAACCUAACCGGGCACGAAGAGAAGGUGAGCGUGGAGAACUUCGAACUGCUCAAGGUGCUGGGCACGGGAGCCUAUGGAAAGGUGUUCCUGGUGCGGAAGGCGGGCGGGCACGACGCGGGGAAGCUGUAUGCCAUGAAGGUGCUGCGCAAAGCAGCCCUGGUGCAGCGUGCCAAGACGCAGGAGCACACGCGCACCGAGCGCUCGGUGCUGGAGCUGGUGCGCCAGGCGCCCUUCCUCGUCACGCUACACUACGCCUUCCAGACUGACGCCAAGCUGCACCUCAUCCUGGACUACGUGAGCGGCGGUGAGAUGUUCACCCACCUCUACCAGCGCCAGUACUUCAAGGAGGCCGAGGUGCGCGUGUACGGCGGUGAGAUCGUGCUGGCCCUGGAGCACCUGCACAAGCUGGACAUUAUCUAUCGGGACCUGAAGCUGGAGAACGUACUGUUGGACUCCGAGGGCCACAUUGUGCUCACAGACUUUGGGCUGAGCAAGGAGUUCCUGACCGAGGAGAAAGAGCGGACCUUCUCCUUCUGUGGCACCAUCGAGUACAUGGCCCCCGAAAUCAUCCGUAGCAAGGCUGGGCAUGGCAAGGCCGUGGACUGGUGGAGCCUGGGCAUCCUGCUCUUCGAGCUGCUGACAGGGGCCUCGCCCUUCACACUGGAGGGCGAGAGGAACACGCAGGCUGAGGUGUCCCGACGGAUCCUGAAGUGCUCCCCUCCCUUCCCCCCUCGGAUUGGGCCUGUGGCACAGGACUUGCUGCAGCGGCUGCUGUGCAAGGACCCCAAGAAGAGGUUGGGCGCGGGUCCCCACGGGGCACAAGAAGUCAAGAGCCACCCCUUCUUCCAGGGGCUGGACUGGGCUGCUCUGGCUGCCAGGAAGAUUCCAGCCCCAUUCCGGCCCCAGAUCCGCUCGGAGCUGGAUGUCGGCAACUUUGCUGAGGAGUUCACUCGGCUGGAGCCUGUCUACUCUCCUUCGGGCAGCCCUCCUCCUGGGGACCCUCGAAUCUUUCAG